AAGAUAGGGAUGCGAAAGAAGAUGAUUAUCAUGAGUGUAAUUGCGAACGUGAACAAGGCCGUCGUGUGGAUUCUCUUACUUCGUUAUUGGUCGCUGGUCGCCGGUAAGCCCGCGGAUCAGCGGAGUCGCGUUACAUAAGUUGACACGACGCGGAGGAACGACAAACAGAGAUGGGUGACAGACGACUACAGGUGGGAGAGGAGAGACGAGAGAGGAGAGAGAGGAGAGAAACGGCAAUCCGAGAAUGUUGUGUACUUGCUUUUGCGGCUAGCACCUAAUCGUUGAGCUUCUCUACCUCGACAUGUACCGAGUUGCACGCAUCGAAUCAUCGUACCUUUACGAAACGCGUUGUUUUCGACGCCGAUUGUCCGUGCGCUGAGUUUCUCUUACAACCCGGCAGAUCCGAAGAAAUCGAGCGACCGCGAUCGGUAGAAAAGAUCAUUCCUUUCGUUAAACAACGACUGUAAACGCGUUCUUACCUUACAUCGGAGAAAAGAAAAGUAUCUUUAUGCGGGAAGGUGAUUGCGUUUUGUCGCGUUAACGCGAAGAAUCGUAAGUUGUCCGCGUCGGUGGUAGAAUUCGAUAGAGGGAUAAUCAAACGACAUGCGAAAGUGACACGCAAAAAAGGAAGAGAAACGAAGCUGUCGAUGUUUCACGAUAAGGGUGCUUUGUGAUCGAGAGGAAAACUGUAAGCGCCGAUCGAACCUUUGGUCGGCAAACUGAAAGCAAAAUGACCACGGAGGAAACGGAACCCUUAAUUCCCUCCAAAGUGUCCACUCCCUAUGGGAAUAAUAAACUACAAUCCGUCUCGUACAACGCGAUCUCGUUGGAAGGAACGAGUUCGACGUCGUUCAAUUUGAAGCCCAUCUUGCGUGGUUCGAGCGGAACGGUAACCCCGUUAACGUCGGCGACGAUACCGAGCCGUUCGGAAAACGAAUCGAUUACGUAUACUUGGAGCGAUUUGAACGUGUACGUUGCGAGGAGGAACGAGAAAAUGUGGGAUGCUUUGUUCAAGAGGAAGAGACCGAUCGAGCAAAGGCAUCUGUUAAAAGAUGUGUGUGGUGUAGCUUAUCCAGGUGAAUUAUUGGUGAUCAUGGGCUCAUCUGGUGCCGGUAAAACGACUUUACUGAACGCUCUAACGUUCCGCUCGGGUCGCGGGGUGACCGUGUCCGGUGUGAUGGCCGCGAACGGAAAGAGGGUGUCCUCCACGAUACUGACAUCGAGAACCGCAUACGUGCAACAGGACGACCUAUUCGUCGGCACUCUAACCGUGAAGGAGCAUCUUCUGUUUCAGGCCAUGGUACGGAUGGAUCGAAAAAUCCCCAUGGAACAACGAAUCGAUAGGGUGAAUCAAGUGAUCAACGAGCUCGCUUUAACGAAAUGCAGAAACACCGUGAUCGGUCAACCGGGACGUAUCAAGGGCCUCUCCGGAGGCGAAAUGAAAAGAUUAUCCUUCGCGUCGGAAGUUCUUACCGAUCCACCGUUGAUGUUCUGCGACGAACCGACCUCGGGUCUCGAUUCUUUUAUGGCGCACCAAGUGGUCUCUGUGUUGAAGGCAUUAGCUGCACGCGGCAAGACGAUCGUCGCUACGUUGCAUCAACCCUCCUCGGAAUUGUUCGCUCUGUUCGAUAAAAUCCUGCUGAUGGCCGAGGGAAGGGUAGCCUUUAUGGGUACAGCGUCGGAAGCUUGCGCUUUCUUCGAGUCGCUCGGCGCCGCUUGCCCAAGUAAUUACAACCCGGCGGAUUAUUUCAUUCAACUGUUAGCGGUUGUGCCGGGUCAGGAAGCGUCGUGUCGCCACGCCAUAAACACCGUGUGCGACGCCUUCCGGAAGAGCGAUCACGGUAUUAAAAUCGCGCUGGAAGCGGAAGCGGUGAACGGGGAAUUCGAGGAUUCCCUGCGAAAUUCCAAGCACCCGGAGUCUCGUUCGCCGUACAAAGCAAGCUGGUGCGAACAAUUUCGCGCGGUUCUAUGGCGGUCCUGGCUGUCGGUGAUCAAGGAACCGAUCCUCGUUAAAGUUCGUCUGCUGCAGACUGUCAUGGUGUCGCUGUUGAUCGGAAUCGUUUAUUUCAACCAGCAGCUCGAUCAGGACGGUGUAAUGAACAUCAACGGUGCUCUAUUUAUAUUCCUCACCAACAUGACCUUCCAGAACGUCUUCGCCGUGAUCAACGUUUUCUGCGCGGAAUUGCCGAUAUUUCUACGCGAGCAUCGAAACGGUAUGUACCGUACCGACGUGUACUUCUUGUGUAAGACACUCGCGGAAGCGCCUAUCUUCGUAGCUGUGCCGCUGCUGUUCACCAUGGUCGCUUACCCUAUGAUCGGACUGUAUCCAGGGGUUGAUCACUUCUUCGUUGCUGCUGGUAUCGUCGCUCUGGUUGCUAACGUUUCUACUUCUUUCGGCUACCUGAUAUCCUGCGUCAGCAAUAAUUUAUCCAUGGCGCUGUCCGUUGGUCCUCCAGUGAUAAUACCGUUUCUAUUGUUCGGUGGAUUUUUUCUGAACACAGCAUCCGUUCCGUUCUAUUUCGAAUGGUUCUCCUAUCUGUCUUGGUUUCGCUACGGUAACGAAGCUCUGCUUAUCAACCAGUGGUCCGAGGUGGAAUCCAUAGCGUGUACAAGAAGCAACGCGACCUGCCCGAAAACAGGAAGGAUGGUGUUGCAAAUGUACAAUUUUAAAGAGGAACAUUUCUACGCGGACAUUGUUUGCCUCUUCUCCCUGAUCGUCGCGUUUCGUUUCCUGGCCUUCCUCGCUCUGCUCUGGAGGACCCGGAGGAACUCUAAAUACGUCCUCGAUCAAACGCAUUUCCCUUAUUUCUAUACUCGUUGUACUUACUUUAUCGAAACAUCGUCAGUAAGAAUCUCGUUUGCGAAACGAUCGUACCGCUUCUCCCGAUCAUUUUUCAAAAUAACAAUGUACGCUUCGAAAGAAAGCGACGAUUGGUCUAAUAACGAGGAGAAUCGUAGGAGAAGAGAAACGAUCGACAACGUGACUCUGUCUUGGAGGGAUGUGUCCGUGUUCGCGAUGGAUCGCGGACGAAGAAGCGUGUGCAAACAAUUGAUCGACAACGUGCGCGGUAUGGCGAGAGCUGGCGAUGUGACGGCGAUAAUUGGUUCAAGCGGAGCUGGGAAAAGUUCGUUGAUGGCGGCGUUAGCUUUUCGCACCGGCCCUGAACUUUUGGUACGCGGUGAUAUAAGAGCGAACGGGAUCCCGGUCGAUUCUUCGUACAUGAUGCAGAACAGCGGAUACAUGCAUCAAGAGGACAUGUUCGUGGAAACGAUGACCGUGAUCGAACAUCUGUGGUUUAUGGCUCGAAUGAAGCUUGAUGGAAAGACAGGAAUACAGGAUAUUCGAGAAACUAUUGAUCGAUUGGUGAACGAUGUCGGGUUAACUAGUAGAAGGGAUGUGCGAAUCGGUAAUGGCAUCGACGACAAAUUGUUAUCCGGUGGAGAAAGGAAGAGGUUGGCCUUUGCUACGGAACUGUUAACGGAUCCAAAAAUCUUGUUCUUGGACGAGCCAACCACUGGACUGGAUUCCCAUUCGGCAAACUGUUUAAUUACCCAGCUGAAGAGUUUCGCGGCGAAAGGACGAACGGUACUCUGUACGAUACACCAACCAAGCUCCGCCAUAUUCGGUUCCUUCAACCGGAUAAUCUUAAUCGGCGAUGGACGAGUGGUGUUCGCUGGACAAAUCGAUCAAGCGAUCAAAUUUUUCGCAAGUCAAGGCUACGAGUGUCCUCGCAAUUACAAUCCUGCCGACUUCCUGAUAGCAGUCGUGUCUUCCGGUUCCAAACACGAAGACGGUCAAACGGCGACGCGGAAAUUGUGCAAUUUGUUUUUAACCAGCGAAGCUUCCAACGAAAUCGAUUAUAUUUUUCGAAGGGAGAUCGAAUCGGUGAAUUCUUUCCAUCCCAGCAAGGAAUUACCUUUCAACGCUAAAGCUGUCGCGAGGAAAGGAUCGCGAUACUGCACGCGACUUUACUGGUUGGUUUAUCGAGAUUUCCUGCAAGUGUUGAGAGAUCCAUCGGUACAAAUCGUCAGGAUACUUCAGAAAGUGAGCGUCGCGACGAUUGCUGGCCUCUGCUUCGUGGGCUCGGUGAAUUUCGAUCAGCUUGGAAUCCAAGCAACCCAGGGGGUGAUUUUUAUUUUGGUAUCCGAGAACGCGUUUUUCCCGAUGUACGCCACGUUAGCUUUGAUACCGCAAGAAUUGCCGCUUCUUCGAAGAGAAUACCGGGAUGGAAUGUAUCCGGUUCAUCUGUACUACGUCGCUCGUCUGCUUUCUUUGAUACCUGGAUUAAUCGUAGAGCCGCUGUUAUUCGCAACGAUAAUAUAUUGGCUGGCUGGUUUGCGAGAAACGGUCGAAGCAUUUGGAUUCUCGUUGCUGGUUCUCCUGUUGACGAUCAACGUGUCUACCGCCUGUGGAUGUUUCUUCUCGACGGUGUUUGAAAACGUACCAUUGGCGAUGGCGUACUUGGUACCUUUUGAUUACGUACUUAUGAUCACUAUGGGUCCUUUCGUUAAGCUUGGAUCACUGCCGGUGUACAUUGGAUGGGUGAAAUAUAUUUCUUGGUUACUACAUUCUAGUGAAGCGCUUAGCAUUCUUCAAUGGAACGACGUACACAAUAUAUCUUGUGAAACAAUCGAUCCGGAAUUGCCGUGUAUCACCGAAGGAUUGCAAGUUUUGCAACGUUACGACUUUGAUGAGGAUCACUUUUGGAUGGACAUGGUGCUGAUGGCAGUAAUUUAUCUUAUUUUUCAUGUACUGGCUUACGCUUGUCUUUGGAAUCGUUGCCGAUGGAAAUAAGGUGCCUUGAUAUACGCUUCUAAUCAACGAUAUAAAAUAAAAAGUAUCAUUCGCUUUAUUUCUAAUGUAUCUAGAAAACUUUAAUAAAGAUCUACUUAUCUUCUUUUUACAAUCCUGUUAUUCU